UUGAACUAGCUACUACCACUUUAACUAUGAUGGCAGCACGCUAAUAUUUGUAAUCGCGGUAAUUCCUGUGUUAUUUAUCUUUCGUAUUUUGUUCUGGGAUUGUAAUGGUGAACAAAAUAGUGUAUUAUCUUUGAUUUCACAUCACAUUAAAUCUGUAAAUUUUGUUAAUUUAAUUAUGUCUUAUUAUAAACCUGGUGAUUUGAUUUUUGGAAAGGUGCGUGGAUAUCCUCCUUGGCCCGCUCGAAUAGAAGCGCCAAAACCUGGACAGAAAAUACCGCCAAACAAAUAUCCAGUCUUCUUUUUUGGAACUUAUGAAACAGGUAUUGUUCAAAGCAAAGAUAUCUUUCCAUAUGAAAAGUUUAAAGAGAAAUAUGGCAAACCGCAAAAGCGGCGAUUUUUCAAUGAAGGUCUUGAGGAGAUCGAAAAUGAUCCCACCAUCCAAGGUCCUUCUGCUUCAUCAACUGCUGAUAAAUCUGCUUCUGAAGAUGAAAAAGAAGAAGAAGAAAAUGAUGAAGUAGAAGAAGAAGAAAGUGAGGAGGAAAAAGAAGACAAACCUGCUGUCAAAGUGGAAAAAAAGGGAAAGAAGAAAGAAGAGAAAAAAGUUUUUGUAAAAGUUGGUCAAGUUGUUAAAAAGCGAAAGAAAACUAUAGAGAAUGUUGAGCCUCAAAGAAGUCGUAGUGGUCGUAUGAUUAAAAAGAAAAAGUUUAGUUCUGAUAGUGAAGGUUCUGAUGAAAAAGAUAGUGAUGAAGAAAAGAGUGAUUAUGAAGAAGAAAAGCCUGCUAAAUCUAAGAAGAAAGAGUCGUCUUCGGGGAGCUCUUCAGAAAGUGAAGAGGAAAAAAAAGAGAGUGAAAAAUCAGAAGAAUCAUCUGAUGAGGAUUCUGAAGAUGAUAAACCUCUUUCAAAGCAAGUGAAAAAGCCUAAAAAAGAAGUUUCUCCGCAAAUUAAAAAGAUUUCUUCCAAAGUUGCACAAAAGGAUGAAUCUGAAUCAGAAGAUUCAGAAAAGGAGUCGGAUGUUGAUCAGAAACGUAAGAGGACUGAUACCGAAUCUUCAAAUGUUGAAUGCAAUAACGUUUCAGUGUCAUUAAUAAAAUUAAGUGACGAAACCUGUAAAGAAGCUAUGUCCCCUUCAAAAUCCAAGGAAAAAAAAGAGCCAGAAGAUAAAUCUCCUAAAAAAGAAGAAAAAUCAUCAAAAGCUAAGGUUGAAGAAAAAUCAUCAAAAACUAAGGUUGAAGAAAAAACAUCAAAGGUAAAAGUUGAAGAAAAGACGUCUAAAGUGAAAUCUGAAGAGAAGACUUCAAAAGGGAAGACAGAGGAAAAGACCUCUAAAGUUAAAAUUGAAGAUAAAGUAAAAAGUAGACUGGAAAAACCUUCAAAGGAAAAAUCAACUGAGGAGAAAGAUGUUAAACCUGUAAGGAGUAAAAGUGAAGAAAAGUCUACACAGAAAGAUGAUAAAAAGGCAAAAGAAGAGAAAGUAAAACAAAAGUCUAAAAUUGAAGAUAGUAGCAAAUCAUCAAAAAGAAAGCAGGAAAAUGGCAUUGACAAACCAUCAAAAAAAGCAAAAACAGAAGAGGAUGACACUAAAAAAGACCAAGAAGAAGAAAAAUUGAAACAAAAAAUAGAGAAGAAACUAGAAGAGAAAGAAGGAAAAAAGAAAGAAAAAUUAGAAAAGAAGAGGAAGGAAAAGAUAAGCAAAUUACAGGUUGAUGUGGAAAUUAGUGCAAAACUUCAUGAAAUUGAUGAAAAAAUCAAAAGCAGUUUGAAGUUUAAUAAUUUAGAUAUUGAAACAUGUUUAAACAUGUUAAGUGAACUAGACACUAUGCAUUUGCCUGUAGGAACAAUUAGAAAAAACCCUAAUAUUUUUCAUACUUUGAAAAAAAUACGUAAGUUUAAGAACAAUGAGACUGUGAGACAAAAAGCUGAAUAUUUGUAUAACAAAUUUAAAAAUUCUUUUACGGGUAUUGAAAAAGAUCGUGCAAGCUUAAGUAGUGUAUCCGAAAAAGAGAACAAGAAACAGGAACAGUCUGCAUCGGAACAGAAACGCGAGAAUGAAACAGAUGGGAUUUCUCAUGGCGAAGAAGAAAAUACUUGAAAUAGAACUUUUUAAGGUUUUCAUUCUGGAUCAGAUUGAGUUCUAAUUUCAGCUGAUCAUCAUCUCCUUGGAGCCAAUGAACCAGUUAUUGAUCCUGUUCUCAUCGAUUGAAUCAUUGGCUUCAGCUGAUCCUCAUCAACUGAAUAGACACUUUUAAUUUAAAAAAAGCAGUUAUGCUACCUAGAUAUUUUUUUCUUGUUAAUGCUUAUUUUAUUUUUUGUUUGUAAAGCAACUGGAUUAGUAUAUAAGGGUUAUUUUUAUUAUAUUUGAUUUUAAUGUUUCAGUAUAGUGCAGAUAAUUACUAUUACUGCAAUAUGCAUAUGAUGUUGUUAAUCUUGUAAAAUACUCAUUGUUUAAAACACUCGUUAAUGUUUGUUGGCUGGUGUAUUCAUGUACAGAUUUAUUAUCAUUUAAUGUCCAAACAUCAAAACUCACCAAUUGUAUUUUAAAAUGUGUUGUUUAUUAACUGCGAUAAAAAAGUAACAUAUUCCCAUUUUUAUCAUUGUAUUCAUGUAGAAGUUUAAUGACUCAAUUUGAAACAUAGUUUCUUUUUCCUUUUAUGUUUUGCUAUAGAAGUGAUUAAAAAGUUAUGCCAUUGAUUAAAA